GGAGUUGCACAGUGUUCCUGUUGAUUCACAUGUGAGCUCUUGGGCGAUGUGAAUACUGUAAGCAGUCUUGUGAAAGUAGGAAUUACAUUCAGUUAACCUAAUUUGCAGGCAUGGGGCGGCUGAGAAAGAAACACAACUGGAAGGCGAGGGAGCAAAACACAGCAGCUCUUAAACCUGCUGGAGACCUGAAGAGUGAAGUCCUGCUGGAGUUAGACAAGUCCACCAUGCUGAAGGGAGUGGAUGAAAGUAACACACUGGUUCUCCCAGGCACCAAAGCGAAGAAGAAGAAGGUAGAGCAACCUGUCCUGAAGAAGAAACCUCUGACCAAAAAACAGAGAAAGAAUCUGCAGAAAGUUCUGGAGCAGAAAAAGAAAAAAGCUCAUCGAGCAGAGAUCUUGGAUAAAUUGGCAGAAGUUCAGCUGCCAGAAUCUGAACUGAAGCUGUUGUACACAACCUCCAAACUGGGCAUUGGAGACAAACUUUAUCAAGCUAAAGAAAUUCAUGUUGAAGGUAUGGAUGAUGGUUCACCACCAGUCAAAAUCAGCAGUCUUAGUGGUGUGAAAAGGAAGAGAAAAUUGGAGGACGAUGAAAGCGAAGAACCAGACUCUUCUAAGGAGGAGACAAGCAGCAUGUUGGACUCUUCUUCUGAGGAAGAGGGGGAUGAGGAAGGAGAUGAGGUUUCAGAAAAAGCAGCACCUGUCGUAAAGGAGGACCAAGAAGAGGAGGCAGAAACGAAAGUGGAGGAAGUAAAGGAGAAAAAGGAAGAUGAAAAACCAGUUGUGCACAAGAAAAAUGACUGUCAGCCAGCUGUGUUCAUUCCUGUGGACAGACUGCCAGAGAUCCAGGAGGCACGGCUGAAGCUGCCAGUGUUGGCCGAGGAGCAGGUGAUCAUGGAGGCAGUGAAGGAGAAUGAUUGUGUGGUGUUAUGUGGAGAGACUGGCAGUGGCAAAACCACACAGGUUCCCCAGUUCCUCUACGAGGCCGGAUAUGCAAGUGCCGGUGGUAUGAUUGGAGUGACUGAGCCUAGAAGAGUGGCGGCAGUCAGCAUGUCUCACCGUGUGGCCAGUGAGAUGAACCUCUCCACAGGGGUGGUGUCUUAUCAGAUCAGAUAUGAAGGCAAUGUGACAAAAGACACCAAGAUCAAGUUCAUGACUGAUGGGGUCUUGCUGAAAGAAAUUCAAAAGGAUUUCCUGUUGCAGAAAUACAGUGUGAUAAUAAUUGACGAGGCUCACGAGCGCAGUGUCUACACGGACAUCCUCAUUGGCCUGCUCUCGCGGAUUGUGCCACUCCGCAAUAAGAAAAGUUUGCCCAUGAAACUACUAAUCAUGUCUGCUACGCUGCGAGUGGAAGACUUUACUGAGAACAAGAGACUGUUUCGUACUCCUCCACCAGUCAUAAAGGUAGAGGCUCGUCAGUUCCCAGUCACGGUUCACUUCAACAAGCGCACACCAAUUGAGGAUUACGUAGCAGAGGCCUUUCGCAAGACAUGCAAGAUUCAUCGCAUGCUACCACCAGGUGGUAUCCUGGUGUUUCUCACCGGCCAGGCAGAGGUGCACUGUAUGUGCAGGAGACUGAGGAAGGCUUUUCCUUAUAGACCCAACAACACGCAGAAUACAGAAACGGAGGAUACAUCAGAGGAGCUGAGAAAAUUUAAGAAGCAGAAACAGAAGAAAUCAGUGUUUCUUCCUCACAUAGAUCUGGAUAACUACUCUGCCCUACCUGUGCAUGAAGGGGAUGAAGAUCGCCAGGCUGGUAUUGAUGAUGACGAAGAUGCAGGCUCAGAUCUGGAUUUAGGCGAUAAACCCGAAGACACUGAGGAGAAGGCUGAUCCCUCCAUUCCUCUGUACGUGCUGCCACUUUACUCCCUGCUGGCACCUGAGCAGCAAGCUAAAGUGUUCCGUCCCACUCCUCCAGGUACUCGCUUGUGUGUGGUGGCCACCAAUGUGGCAGAGACGUCCCUCACUAUUCCAGGAAUCAAGUAUGUGGUUGACUGUGGUCGGGUGAAGAAGAGAUUUUAUGACAGAGUGACAGGAGUCUCUUCCUUUAAGGUCACCUGGACGUCACAGGCCUCAGCCAAUCAGAGAGCCGGAAGGGCAGGAAGAACAGAGGCAGGACAUUGCUAUAGGCUGUACUCGUCUGCGGUGUUUGGCGAUUUUAGCCAGUUCUCUGAGGCUGAAAUCACUCGUCGUCCUGUUGAUGAUCUUGUUUUGCAAAUGAAGGAUCUCAACAUUGAGAAGGUGGUGAAUUUUCCGUUCCCUACUCCACCCUCCUCUGAAGCACUGAUGUCUGCUGAACAGCUGCUUAUCUCUUUGGGUGCUCUAGAGACACCACCUCGUCAGGGGCGAAUGGUGGAUAUGGAGAAGGCUCGUUUAUCAUGUCCUAUAACCCCUCUGGGACGUGCCAUGGCAGCAUUUCCUGUUGCGCCACGUUAUGCUAAGAUGCUUGCACUUGGCCACCAGCAGGGCUGCAUGCCCUACAUUAUAACAAUAGUGGCAGCCAUGACUGUUAGAGAAAUCUUUGAAGAACUGAACAGUUUAGCGAGUAGUGAAGAAGGCUGUAUUAAGCUGGCUGGAAGAAAAGCACGCUUUAGUCAGAUGAGGAGGUUGUGGGCAGGCAAGGGCCAGUCUUUACUGUUGGGAGAUCUCAUGGUGAUGCUGGGUGCUGUCGGGGCUUGUGAGUUUGCUGGCUGUACACCAAAGUUCUGUGAAGAAAAUGGUCUUCGUUACAAAGCCAUGUUGGAGAUACGGCGGCUGCGGGGACAGCUCACGAAUGCAGUGAAUGGUGUGUGUUCUGAUGGGGGUGUGUGUGUGGACAACAAAAUGCCUCCUCCAACUGAAUCUCAGGUAGUGUGCCUGAGGCAGAUUGUGUUGGCUGGUUUAGGAGAUCAUCUAGCCAGACGAGUACAAGCUGAGGAGCUACUGGAUCCAAAGUGGAGAAAUGGUUAUAAGACUCCUCUGUUGGAUGAUCCUGUGUUUAUACAUCCAUCCUCUGCACUUCACAAAGAACUGCCUGAGUUCGUUAUCUACCAAGAAAUCAUGGAAACUACCAAAAUGUACAUGAGAGGAGUGUGUGCAGUGCAAGCUGAUUGGAUCCCAAAGCUCCUUCCCCAGUAUUGUCACUUCAGUGGACCAGAACAAAGCCCUGCCCCAUGGUACUGCCCUGUCAGUGGCAAAGUGAAGUGUCAACAACAGAGCACCUUCUUCAGAGUUGGAUGGAAGCUUCCUGCCAUUGAGAUGGAUCAUCCUGAAGGCCUUGAGCGAUACAAACUGUUUGCCAAGUUCCUGCUGGAAGGACAGGUGUGUCCCAAAUUGCAGCGAUACAGUACAUAUUUACUGACAACCCCUGCAACCAUGCUGAAGACUUGGGCCAAGCUGCAACCUCGAACAGAAAAUCUUUUGGGAACGUUAGUGUCCGACAAAGUGGACAACCGAGAUGCCUUACAGGCUGCAUGGAAGAAUAAUAAAAAAUUUCUCCUGUCAGUAUACUGUCAGUGGGUUCCAACGUCUCUUCAUGAAGAAGUUGCCAAGAGCUGGCCUCCUGUCUGACACAAACACGCUGCCUUAUCACCCAUCUGUGGAAACACUAGCGUGUUGCCCCUUUAAAACCUUAAGCCGAGCUGGUCUUUCGAGAUUCACACCUGCAUAAACACGAAUCUCAAGGCUGAAGAUUUUAUCAUGUCUCUCCAGAGACCGAUGGACAUUUUUACCAGCUUUAUAUAUUUAUUAAUGAACUCACUGUGGACUUGAGAUGAUGGAUGAAAUCUGUUGGAAUAUGGAACUUCUGUUCCUAUAUUUAAUCCUGAAAUGAAUAUCACCAUUGAAAGUAUGACUAGGCUUAAACUGGUUUAUCUUCCAUUUGGUUAUGUAGUCAUUAAGAGGUCAAAAACCAGAUUUGUGGGUUUCAAAUGGUUGUGAAAUAUCACAGAUAAUUGUCAUUCUAACAUGUUUUGUAUCCAGUAAGAAUGAGUCUUGUAUUAUAAGUGAGAGCCCGGUUUCUCUCUCUGGUUUAGUCAAAUACUUUCAAUGUUUCUUCUACAUUUAAAAAGGGAUGCUUGAGUCCAAAAUAAUUGUACUGUAAAGUGAUGCAUAAAGUUUUGCUUAUUUCAU